UCAUUCAUACAUCGUAUCGGACCGGCUCUUCGUUCAUUUGUCCCUCGUUCCCUCGGUAGAUUUGGUGGACACCCUCGUUUCUCCCCUAAAUCACUUGAAUCCUUCCUGUUGUUAGGUUGUUGGGGGCCGUUGUGUUUACUUUCCGGUCAGGGGCAUUCCUUUUUAGCGGUAGUUUCAGCCCUGCCUCCCGCCGCCAAACGUGCCGUCACGGCGUCAUCUCAAUCGAACCCCUGCCAACCACCUUUGCAGAAGAAAUAUCCUAUCCCACCUCGAGCUCACCUGAUCCAUCGGGCAAGCUGUGUCUGGAUAUCUCACGCAUCCAGUUAUCGCAUUGAUUGGUAGACGACCGUCCUUUGUCUCUUUCGCCGUCCGGCUGUCCAUUCAAUAUGGCAGCGAACAGCUAUUAUCACGGCGCAUAUAGCAGCAAUCCUCCUUCCUACGAGCAAGCCAAUCCUCACAUCGACCGCAUACCAACCCCAGGUCACCCCGACUUCAACACACAUCCCUACCAGCCGACGACGUCCGACCCCCAACUUCACAACAGUCAGCAAUCUUUCGGUUCCGACCAAGCAUAUGCGACCGGUGGGCGCUUGAACGACAGUGAUCACUAUGCGGAGAAUAUCCCUCUGAAGAGCAAUCAGUAUGCGAAUGGGUCCCCGCCGCCGAAUUGGAUGCACCAACCCACGCAUUAUUCGCCCACCCCCGACGAGAUCGAACCACCGGUCGCUCCGACCGCGCGAAGGAAUAAGAAGAAGGGUUUCUUCAACAAGAAGAUCGCGUGGGUGACGUAUACGUUUACAUUGGUCCAGAUCAUCGUGUUUAUCGUGGAGUUGGUGAAAAAUGCUCAACUCACCGGCUCUCCUAUCGAGACGAAACCGUCGUUUAACGUGAUGAUCGGGCCCUCCCCGUACGUGCAAAUCUACAUGGGAUCGCGGUAUACGCCGUGUAUGAAGAACGUUCCUGGCAUCCAAAAUGCGAAUGAAACCGUCCUGUUCCCUUGCCCGAAUGCGACCACAUCGACGGCCGCAUGCUCAUUGUCCGAGGCGUGCGGCUUCAGUGGUGUCCCGAACCCUCAUCCGGGGGGAUCUCUUGACGACCGACCGGAGCCCAAUCAAUGGUUCCGGUUCAUCAUUCCCAUGUUCAUCCACACUGGAUUUGUUCAUAUCGGCUUCAACCUCAUUGUGCAAUUGACCAUGGGUGUCGACAUGGAGCGGAUGAUUGGCUGGUGGCGGUAUUUCCUGGUGUAUGUGGCCAGUGGCAUUUGGGGCUUCGUGCUGGGAGGCAACUAUGCCGGACAGGGCGAGGCGUCGUGCGGCUGCUCCGGUGCUCUCUUUGGUAUCCUCGCUCUUUUCAUCUUGGAUCUUCUCUAUACGUGGAAGGAACGGCCUUCGCCGUGGGUCGAGUUGAUCAUCAUGAUUUUGGGUAUUGCCGUUUCUUUUGUGUUGGGACUGUUGCCCGGCUUGGACAACUUUGCUCACAUUGGAGGCUUCAUCAUGGGACUGGCUCUGGGGCUGUGCCUUCUUCGCUCUCCCAAUGCACUGCGCGAGCGGAUUGGCCUUGCGCGGAACCCGUAUGUUGCCAUGAGUGGCGGUGCUGGCACACCCACGGCGGAGGAUACCCAGAAGGUGGCUUCGGGGCCCAGCUUGGUUGACUUUUUGAAAGGACGGCGCACACGCACGGGGGCGGGCGCCGACAACAAGAUGAACCCGAUGAACUUCUUCCGAGGCCGCAAGCCGCUCUGGUGGGCAUGGUGGUUGGUGCGCGCGGGCGCGUUGGUUGCCGUGCUGGUGGGCUUCAUUCUGCUGAUCAUCGACUUUUACAAGUAUCCAAAGUCCAACUGCUCGUGGUGCUACCGCCUGAGCUGUCUGCCUGUCAAUGGAUGGUGUAAGGAGAGCGAAUUGACGACGGAAAAGACUUCCUGAGCGGGAUCGAUCUGGAUAUUUUAUUCACUGUUUUAUACUGGCUGGCAUAUGGUUUGGUUCUGGAUAUCCCUUGCAAUUCGGUAUUCUAUCGAGGCUUCAGUACAUUAAGCGGCGUUUGAGAUGAUCUAUGCUGUAGUUAAGGCAGCGUCAUGUUUAUACUACUACUCGGUCGGGAUGGCAUCCCAUGAGAAAAUGCAUUAUGAUUCUAUACUC